AUGGCUUUUCGUGUUACAAGGAAUCGCAUAGCCUCCCCCAGGACUGGCCCUGCUGGGAAGACUUCCUCCGUGAGUGGGCCCACACUCAAGCCGCGAGUCGCCCUCCAUGAAAUCGGUAAUGUUCCAGCUGACAACGAACCUCAAAAGAAGGCAGUCAAGGCCCAGGUUAAGAAGACCAAGGCUCCCAUUGUGACUGAAAAAGCAGAGGCUAAACCCAAAAAUGUUCCCGAGGUUGAGGUGGCGCCUGGGCCCGUGUCCCCAACACCAAUGGAGACUUCAGGGUGUGAGCCCGCUGAAUUGUGCCAGGCAUUUUCUGAUGUCAUUCUGGAAACUGUGCGGGAUGUGGAUGCAGAUGACCAUGACAAUCCUAUGCUCUGCAGUGAAUUUGUAAAAGAUAUUUACAAGUACAUGUGUCAGCUAGAGGCUGAACAGAGUGUUCGAGCCAAUUAUCUAAAAGAUCAAGAAGUGACUGGUAAUAUGCGUGCCAUACUUAUUGACUGGCUAGUCCAAGUGAGCCUGAAGUUCCGCCUGCUUCAAGAGACCAUGUACAUGACUGUGGGAUUAAUUGAUCGCUUUCUUCAGGUCAACCCAGUGUCCAAAAAGGAGCUGCAACUUGUCGGAGUGGCUUCAAUGUUCCUUGCUUCAAAGUAUGAGGAGAUGUAUCCACCAGAGAUUUCAGACUUUGCCUUUGUGACAGAUAAGGCUUACAGCACUGCACAAAUCAGAGAAAUGGAAAUGACAAUCCUGCGUGUGCUGAAAUUUCAACUUGGCAGACCUCUUCCAUUGCAGUUCCUCAGAAGGGCGUCAAAGAUUCAUGAAGUAACUGCAGAGCAACACACCCUGGCUAAAUACUUGCUCGAGCUGACCAUGGUUGACUAUGAAAUGGUUCAUUAUCCGCCUUCAAUGGUAGCAAGUGCUGCUUUGGCUCUUACACUCAAGAUCUUGGAUGCUGGUGAAUGGGAUGCAACGCUGCAGCACUACAUGAGCUACACCUUGGAUAGUUUGCUUCCAGUCAUGGCACACAUUGCCAAAAAUGUUGUGAAGGUGAAUACAGGAAAAACGAAGCAUAUGGCUGUGAAAGGAAAGUACUCCAGUUCAAGACAGAUGAGAAUUGCAACAAUCUCACAGCUUAACUCGUCUAUUGUGAAAGAUUUUGCCAAGCAAGUCACACAAUGA